AUGAUGAACUGCUCCAUAGGAGACUGUCAUCCCAGCCCUCUGGAUUACCUCAAUAGUGAUGGGAUAUCAGUGUCUUGUACAUUUGAACGGGAUGGAUGUACUGUGGACUAUCAGGUGGUACUCUCUGGGGCCUUCAACAAUAUGGGCAGUGUCUUUGUUGGAGGAGAGAGAGAUUGUCAGGAGUCAGACAUACGGGGUCAGCUGGCCUGGAUCAUUCCUGUGUCAAUCAGUGGAGGUAUUCUAUUGCCAGGACUGCUGCUACUAGUUGCCGCCACAUGCAUUCGGAUUCACAAGUGCAACAAUCCCAUCUGUACAAGAAACAGUUCUUAUACUGAUCCAAGGUAA